AAAGAACGAGGUCAAUUUCAGUAAGUCAACUCUUUGAAAGAUCAAAAUUCCCUUUUAAAUUUCUCCUUCUUCUUCCGUUUCCUUUCUCUUCCGCUUCAUUUCCAUCACUUUCUCGUUUUCCCCUUCGCAUUUCUCCACCGAAAGAGACGUAGAAAAUCAGGUUUCCAACGACGACAAUGGAGGAACAGCACGCACCCAUCGAAUCCGCUCACAACGAUUCCAACAGUGUCUCUGCUCCGAGCGCCGACCAUGGCUGGCAGAAGGUCACCUACGCAAAAAAACAGAAGAAGAAGACUAAUAACACCACCAACGGCUCCGAUUCCCGCGCCAAUUCCAACAAGCUCGCCGCCAACGGGACGUUAUCCGGCGCCGACAGCGUCUUCCGGUCGCUUGAGCUGCAAUCGGAGGACCGGCGUCGCCGAAUUCUCGAGGCGCGGAGAGCAGUCGAUGAUGCAUUCGACGAAGCGCCGGUCAGAUCGAAGCAACGGUCUCGCGACGACGACGAAGACGAAGAUGACAAUGUGGAGCGUUCCGCGGAGAACGGGAAGGCGGAGGAGGCGAAGAAGGUGAAGCAGAAGAAGCCGAAGAAGCCUAAGGUGACGGUGGCGGAGGCUGCGGCGAAGAUCGACGCUGCUGAUCUGGAGGCUUUUCUCGUUGAUAUAUCGGCAUCCUUCGAGAAGCAGCAGGACAUACAAAUGAUGCGAUUCGCAGAUUAUUUUGGACGUGCUUUUUCUGCUGUGACCGCUUCUCAGUUUCCCUGGGUGAAAUUGUUCAGGGAGUCAACUGUGGCUAAGAUCGCUGAUGUGCCACUUUCUCACAUAUCUGAUGCUGUAUAUAAGACUUCAACAGACUGGAUUAACCAACGUUCUCUUGAGGCACUUAGUUCCUUUCUGCUUUGGUCUUUAGAUAGCAUACUUUCUGACUUCAGUAGCCAGCAAACUGUGGCCAAGGGUUCCAAAAAGGCUGUGCAACAAGUGGCUUCAAAAUCCCAGGUUGCAAUGUUUGUUGUUUUAGCAAUGGUAUUGCGUCGGAAGCCUGAUGCUCUUAUUACUGUAUUGCUCACAUUGAGGGAGAAUACCAAGUAUCAAGGGCAAGAUAAGCUUCUAGUGAUUGUAUGGAUGAUAGCUCAGGCUUCUGUAGGAGAUCUAUCAGUAGGUUUGUAUGCUUGGGCACGAAAUCUCCUACCUAUAGUGAGUGGCAAAAGUGGGAACCCUCAAUCCAGGGAUUUGAUUUUGCAGCUAGUGGAAAAAAUUUUGUCUACCCCAAAAGCACGGCCUGUUUUAGUAAAUAGUGCUGUGAGAAAGGGGGAGCGAUUAAUUCCUCCUUCUGCAUUUGAAAUUUUGGUCCACGCUACUUUUCCUCCAUCUUCAGCUAGAGUAAAGGCUACUGAAAGAUUUGAGGCCAUAUAUCCCACUCUGAAAGAGGUGGCUCUUGGAGGUUCUCCUGGAAGUAAAGCAAUGAAACAAGUUUCUCUGCAGAUAUUCAGUUUUGCUAUCAAAGCAGCUGGAGAAAAUAAACCUGAGCUAUCAAAAGAAGCAGCUGGUAUUUUUAUUUGGUGUUUGGGCCAAAACACUGAAUGCUACAAGCAAUGGGAAAAAGUUUAUCAGGACAACAUUGAAGCAAGUGUUUCAGUUCUGAAGAAGCUUUCUGAUGAUUGGAAGGAGCAAUCAACAAAAUUGUCUCCUCAUGAGCCACUGAGGGAUACCUUAAAGAAUUUUAGGCAAAAGAAUGAGAAAGUAUUGGCCACUGAGGGUGAUGCUGCUCGUCAUGCGCUCUUCAAGGAUGCCGAUAAAUAUUGUAAGAUAAUAUUAGGAAGAGUUUCGCGCAGCCAUGGGUGCACGACUUGUUUAACCUUUACAGUUCUUGCUUUGGCUGUGGGUGCUGUUCUUUUGUCCCCCAAUAUGGAAUCCUUGGAUUUUAAGAAGCUUUCUGUACUUUUCAACUCUCAGUAUUGAGUAGUCUGCAGAAUAUUCCGCACUACUGGCAGUUGGUUACUCCAAUCAGCAAUUUUCUUUUCAGCCCAUCUCAUUCACAAUGGGUACAGUAACUCAAUAGCCUCAAAUAAAGUGCAUAAUGCGGAGGGUGUACACUUAGUUCAGAUGACAGAGAAUAGUUGAGGCCAACACUGCUUCGAGGUUUACUUUAGUUUGACCAUUUUAUUAUUUAUUUGAUGCUCUAUGUUAAGUUAGUUAUCUUAUGCCAUUACAUUAACCGUGCUGGCAAAAAGCCAAUGAGGUGACUACAUAUGUAUUCUGAAGUUAAUCGAGUUUAAUCAAAGGAAUUUUGGAGAUAAACUGCGAAAACUUUCUGUAGAUUUGGCUAUGUUAUCAUGGCAUGUGCCCUUUUCUUGUC